AUGGCGGAACGAAACCCGGGCAUACGAGCCACAGUGGAUUUAUUGAUCUUCGACUACAUGGUCUGUAUGUGCAUCAGUGGGCUCCUAGAAGCGGUACAUCAAGCAAGACCAACGGAGGACAUUGAAUGGUUUGCGCUUCUUGUUGAACAAUUCCACCGGCGGCUCCUCGAUCAUCGUCUUGAGGGCCCCCUGCCCUGGGACUUGGACCUCAAAUUGCAUCGUGACCUCGGUCACUUUGUGACCCUGUCGGAUAUCGCGGUUCAGUUCAUGGACUUCUGUCACUCUGCAGUUGCCAACGUAUCCCGCAGACGUUGGUUCGACCUAGGUGCCCACUUCAUGGUCCAUGCAAUGCUUGAAGAAGAAGUGCGUUUCCCAGAGCAGCUCAACAGACUCUGCAACUGGAGAACCAACGACAGCGAACUCGAUAUAUGGUGGGAAGUCAGCCGGACCAUGUUCCUUGAGCACAUGCCACCUCCAUUUGGUACCGCGGAUCCAAUGAGCCGAGAAGAACUUAGUGAAAAGUUUCCUCUCCAAUGCUUGCAGCAUCGUUAUGUCGAUUUUUUCGAGGAUCUUAUGGAAGUCCUGGACGCGCCUCUUCUUUUGCAACUGGAGCAGGGCCAACUGGAAGGCCUGACCCGGGAGCAGACACAGCAGAUUCGAGAAUACUGUGGAUUCUGGUAG